AUCAGCAGUGGUGCAGUGGCCGUCUCCAGCCAUGACUGGAGGCAGUGGAGUGACCAUCAGUGAAUAAUGCAGUGACUGUUGAUGGUGGGGUGACCCAGACUGUCAGCCAUGAUGAUAGUGGAGAUGUCUCUUCACUGCCACCAUUACUGUACCACAGUUCGACACCAGUUACAGUGUGUCAGUGACUGCCAUCAACUCUUGUGGUCUAUCCAGUCAGCCUGCCACCACCACUGUCUUCAUUGAGGCCAGAGUUCCACCUCAGCCUACAGUACAGUCUCUUUUCAUGUACUGCGAUGUUCCUCUGAGUGGUGGUAGACCUGUUGUACUAAAUUGGACGGAGGGAGAGAGGGAGGUGGGGGUGGUGUAUCCAGGAGAGGAGACAACAACAGUGGACCUGACUCCAGGAGGGACCAUAAUAUGUCCUCUUCUCUCAACACCUAACACCAGUUGUACUGCUGGCAUCAUUACCUGUGACUGCAGCAACUACAACAUCUCUAUCACACUCUCUAAUGAUAUCGGGUCUUCUCAACCAGUAUCUAUCAUCUUUAACUCUGCCCCAGUGGAGGUGGAGGAAGGAGAGAGUCCAGCUGGAGGACCUGCAGUCGUAGUCAGUCUGAACCCUCGCUGUCGCAGCGUGUGUCCCCUACACACGUGUGUCUGUCAUUUGGAGUGAGAGAGACAGUGGAGAGACGUGUCUUCCUCAGCAGAUGUGACAGGCCAACAUCCUCCCUGAACGCCCUGUCGUCUGCCUAUUUACUGUCACUAAACUCCUCUCCUGGCAGUGGCCAGCAUUACUGUUUCACACUGUCAGCUAAACAUUGAGGUCGUAUGUAGCUAUAGAUACAUGCAACAAUUAACUGCCAUUAGUCCUACUUACUAGAUCUGCCUACUGCCAGUAAAAGCACUUGUACUGACACUAGAGAAGAGAAGGAGAGUAUAUCAACUGGACUUGCUGUGGCUAUUAGCACAAUCAUCUCUGUAUUGGUGUCCCUACCAUGCAGUGGGUGUGGUCAUUGGUUCCUGUGGUACAUUGUUUGCAAUUCGUAGAGGAGACGGAAGAGGAGAGAGGAAGAAGAAGAAAGAGGAGUUUGGAGCAGCUAUAUAU